AUGCUUGAUAUUUAGGUAGUGGAUUAAUAUAGCUUGUAUCCUCAUUUUUUGGAAUUAACAGCUCCAUAUUUCCCUAUUAAGAAUUUUUAAUUUAAGGACAAGGUUGGAACACUCAAUAUUUAAUUCAAAAACUAACAAACAUACAAACCAUUAAUUUAUAUUUAUAUUUUAAGCACUAAUUCAUAUGAAGGAUAUAAGAAUACAGCAAGAUAAAGAUUAAUGAAAUAUUUUGAUGAUUUUCCAGCUAAAAAUAGCAUCAUACUAUUUUUUCCAAGUUUAUUAAGAGUAGAUGAUAAAGUUAAUGUAAAAUUAAUAUAUAUUGAUUGAGAAAAUCCUUUUAUAGACACAUGAAUUAAUUUGCUAAGAUUUAUAGAUUGUAAAACAAUUUCCAAAGGAUAAAGUCUAAAAGAUUAUUUUUUAUGAUCCUGAAAGAGAAUUGAAUAAAGAAUAAUGUAUGAGAGAAUUUUUAUAUCAUUUUUAAUUAUCUGUUCAACAAUAUUUAGAGAGUCAAUAUGAUAUAUUAGAGAAUUAAAUUUAUGAUUAAGAGUAAUUGAUGUAAACAUAUUUUAUUAAAUAAAAUAGAAAAGAGAAAUCUUUCAGUUUUUAUAAGCUUUAUGCUUUAAAAGAAAAAAAGGCAAAAAUUUAUGAGAGUAUAGGUUUAAAACAAGAAGCAUUAGAAAUUUAUGUAGGAUAGGAGAAAUUCUUUCUAUAAUAAUACCCAAAAACAAUACAACCAAUUUUUAAUGCUAUACAUCCUUUUGAUUUUCUAGUCAGAAAGUCUGUUGAAUCAAAUAUUAGAAAUUUUGAGGAAUCUGGAGAUGAAUCAUAAUCAACUAUCUUAGAUUUUUUAGUGUUAAUUCAAUAUAGAGUAUUAUUUAAAAUUAUUCAAAGAUAAUUGAUUUGCUUUCAGGUGGAAAUUAAAUAUUUGGAGUUGAAAAGAUACUCAAUUUUUCUGAUGAGAUAUAAUAAGUUGUUAAUUAAUAAAUUGAAAUUAAUAAAUAAAAAUAAUAAUUUCAUUCAGAUGAAGAAGAAUUAUGGGGAUUAGGAUUAUUAAUAUGGCAAUUUUUUAAUAUGGUAUUUAUUAAUAAUAAUUAAAGAGAGGCAGUAUUAAUUUAAUGGCAUCUGUGCCACAGAAUCUAUCUGGAGAUUUAUUAUUAUAAUAAUUAUAAUCUUAAUUAAAAAUAAGAUUUGCUUUAUUAAAUAUUGUUGAGAAAUUAGGAUUUACACUUUAUAAAAUUUAAUUUAAUUAUGUAAGAAGAUUACCUCUAUCUGUUUAAUGUGAAUUAUUAGAAUAAACAAUACUUGAAUAAUUAAAUGAAAUAAAAUUUGAUGAUGUUGUAAUCAGUAGAGAUAUUUAAAGUGAUCCAAAAGAAUUAUUUAAAACAUAUUUAUUAAGUGAUACAAAAUUAAAAGGAUAAAUUCAUAAUUUACAUGAUUUUUCUGAAUUUUAUUCUUCUAUUGUAAAUGACAUUAUUUCAAUAGCAAGUCAAUUAAAUUUACAUAGAGUAAUAUUUGAAUAUUAAUUUAUGAUUUUAAAAUUAAAGAAUGUUUAUCCAAAACUAGAAUUAAAUUAAGAUAAUAUUGACAAAGCUUUAAAGUAUAAUAAUAUUGAUUUUAAAAAUUUAUAAUCAAGUUUAUUAGUUUAAAAAUUAAUAUAUUUUUAUAGAGAAAAAAUGGAAUUAUCAUUUUAAGAAACUUUUAAAGAUACUUUACAAUCAAAUUUACCAGGGAGUAGAUAUACAAAAUUGUUUUAAAUAUUAAAACUCCCUUUAACUAAACUAAAAUUAUCAUAUAUAGGAUAUUUUGAGACUUUUUAAGUUAAAUAAAGAGUUUCUUAUAAUGAUUUUGUAUUUAAAUUUUCAAUUUUAAAAUAUUUAUAAGUUGAAUGCUUUGGAAUAUUUACUAUUACAUUAAAGCAUAAAGGAGGAGGAGUAAAAGAUAAGAGAAAAUUAAAAUUAAUUUCAGAUACAAAGUAAUUGAAAGAAGAAAAAAAAGUGAGUUUUGAAUUCAAAUAAAUAUUAAAUUCAAAUUAAGGUGGAUUAUAUUCAAUUAGAAAAGUAACUUUUCUUUCUGGUCCUUUUAAACUUUAUUUUGAUGUUUCAUAAAAAGUGUAAUAAUUAAAAUUACAUAUACUACAUCCAUUAAUUAAUAUAUAGAGUAUUGCAACUAUAAAAAAUAUUGGAACUCCAAUAUUAUUAUCAGUAAGUGAUUUACCUUUAGAAAUAACAGAAUUAGAUCUUACAUUAAUAUCAAAGGUAAAGAUAGCAUCAGAAUUGUUUAGUUUAUAAGGAGCAACUAUUACCUAAAAAGGAAAUUCAUAUAAAGUUGUUGUUGAAGAUCACUUUUUAAUUUAACAUCCUUUCAUAUUGACUUUAUAUGCUUUUGAGGAAUUUUAAGAUUAAUAAUUAAAAAUAAUAAUUACUGUUAAAAAUCAUUAAUUUGCAACUAAUUUAAAAGUAGACUCAAUUAAAGUUUUAGAUAUUUUAGAUCUUUCAGAUAAAAUAGAUGAUGAUUUAGAAUUAUAUGAAUUACGUAACAAUUCUAAAGAAAACAUCAUAAUAGAUAAUGGUAAUUAAAAUAUUGCUUUAGAAUAUCGUAAUUAAAUUAGACAAGUGGCUUAAAAAGGCUAAUGUAAAAAAUAUAAAUUAUAUUAUUUUAGAGAUAUUGAUAAAAUAAUAGUUUAAUUACAAAGAUAGCUUUUAGAAAUUAGGAGUUUUAGAUGAAUCUUAUUUUGAAUAACUAGAAUAAUUAUAUAGUAAAUAGUAAUCAUUAUAAAAAAUAAUGCUUAUCAAAAAGAAUUUGUAUGACAUUUAUUAACUGAAGAAAAAAUCAAUUUUAUUUAAAGUUCAAUUUAUGGUAUUAUAGAAUAUUAAUAUUAAUAGAGUGUUUUUAAUUAAGAAAAAUUUAUACCUUAUUCUCAACCAGAUUAUUUUGAUAUGGCUAUAAAAAUUCAAUAUGCAGGAGAUGAUGAAGGUGUAUUCCAAUUUGAAUUAGUAUCUCAUCAUCCAAAAUAAAAUAGGAAAUGGAAAGAUUGUAUAAAAUUAAUCUUAAAUAGCAUUAUCAUAAUAAAAGACCAUAAGUUUAAUGAAUAUAAAAUGUUUUCUUACAGGCACAGAGGAUUUUGAAAAACCUUAAUUAAAAAUACAUUUACUUAAAGAAGAUAAGACAUAUGAAAUUGAUGAAAAAUACAUUGACAUUGAAUUUACCCUCAACAUAAAUGAAUAAUCAUUAUGA